AUGCAUCCAUCUGCUGUGCAAAAUGCUUCCUACUACAUGGGCCCACAUGGGGAACCCUCUCUGUCACGCACUGGCUUCCUCAUCCUCUCCAUCAUUAUGGCAAUUUUUACCGUUCCGGCCAUCAUACUCAACGCUACAGUGAUCAUCGUGUCCCUCUUGCACAAGCAGCUGAGGCAGCCGCUCAACUUCGCUCUGGUGAACAUGGCUGUGGCUGACCUGGGAACAGCUAUGACUGGAGGGGUCCUGUCCGUGAUCAACAACGCCCAGGGGUACUUCUCCCUGGGAAGAACAGGCUGUGUUAUGGAGGGCUUUGCAGUGUCCUUUUUUGGCAUCACAUCUUUGUGCACAGUGGCUCUGAUUGCAGUGGAGAGGAUGUUUGUCGUGUGUAAACCAUUGGGACAGAUUACCUUUCAAAAAAAGCAUGCGUUAGGAGGCAUAGCCUUGUCCUGGCUGUGGUCCCUCACCUGGAACACCCCUCCCCUGUUUGGCUGGGGCAGGUAUGAGCUGGAGGGUGUCGGGACGUCCUGUGCACCGGACUGGCACAACCGAGACCCUCACAACGUCUCCUACAUCCUGGCUUACUUUGCAGUGUGCUUUGCAGUUCCCUUUUUCCUUAUAAUAGCAUCCUACUCGAAAUUAAUGUGGACAUUACACAAGGUAUCCAAGAUGGCCUGUCUGGAAGGCGGUGCGGUGGCUAAAGGAGAGGCGAAGGUGGCGUCCAUGGUGGUUUUGAUGGUCCUCACAUUUCUCAUCAGCUGGUUGCCUUACGCCGGCCUGGCCAUGCUGGUGGUCUACAACCCGGAUGUGGAGAUUCACCCGCUGGUGGCCACAGUGCCUGUUUACCUGGCCAAGAGCAGCACUGCGUACAACCCUAUCAUCUACAUCUACCUCAACAAACAGUUUCGUAAAUACGCAGUUCCCUUCCUGCUGUGUAGGGCAGAGCCUUCGGAGGACGAAGAGACAUCAGAGAUGACGACUGUGGAGAGCAACAAAGUGUCUCCCGACUGA